GGAUGUGCGCUCUGAUGGGGUUUGUUGUUGUUCCCUCCCCCCCCCCCCCCCCGCAUCCUGCUGCGCCCUCGUUACCGACCCCGCUAACGGGGCGGUGGGCACGGGUGCUGUGCUGGGGGGCUGGGCCGGAUCGGGCCCAGCUGUGGGGGCCAGGAGCCGCAGCCCUAUUUAAGGCCGCUGGCCGCAACCCCUCACAUGAUGGGAGCGUGAUUCCUCGGGUUUGAGCGGCAGGAUGGCGCAGAGCAGAGCGCGGCUCUCCUGGUCUCGUGGGGCGGCCGGCAGCGGGGAGAGCACCCGGCUGCUGCCCCAGGUAAUCGCGGGGUUCCCCCCAGGACCCUCAGCCCGUCACCCGUGUCCCCCAACUGCUGGGCUCUGGGAUGCCGGGGUGCUGGCUCUGCGCUGGAGCCUGCAGCGCUUGCGUUCCCCGGGGGUUGCCUUAGGGGUGAGUCUGGGGGUCCUCCUUAGGGGCGAGGUCUCUGGGUGAGCACCCCCGCACUCCCCACCUGCUCAGACCCUGGGGGUCUCCGUUACGGGGAGGGUUACGGGGUGGUGGUGGGGGAAUGUGGGGCACCCUACGCACGGGACCCUUGCGAAAGGGGGGUGUGUGGUGGCUCCAGGAGCCUGUGAUGGGGGGUGUAUAGGUUCAGGGGGGCAUUUCAGGGGGGGAUGCUGGGGCUGCGAGCGGCUCAUCCGUCUGUGCAGGCAUCCAGGCUGGUGGAGCUGCCCUACUCUUCUUCUGAUGAUGAUGAUGAUGGCUCGCUGGCUGGGGACACGGACCUUCCCACGGCCGAGCAGGACCCUGGAGCGUGGCACCCCGUCCCCCCCAAGCCGGGGACCUUCAGCCAGUGUGUGCGGUACCUAGCCUUCCUCUGGAACCUCCUCUUCCUCCUGCUGGGCUUGCUGGCCCUGGCUGUGGGGGUGUGGGGGCUGCUGGCCAAGGGCUUGCUGCGGGGGGAGCGCCUGGCCCCGCUGGGCUCCGACCCCAUGCUGCUCUUCGUACUGGUGGGACUGGGGGCCAGCGCCGUCUCCCUGGCCGGCUGCCUGGGCACCCUCCGCUCCAGCCCCUGCCUGCUGCGUUUCUUCGUGGGGGCCACGCUCGUUUUCGUGGGGCUGGAGGUGCUGGGGGGGCUGCUGCUGGUGGUGGCACGGCACCGGCUGCGGGACGCUCUGCGGGAUGCCCUGCUCCUCUGCCUCCUGCGCUACCAGGAGGAGCCCGACCUGCGGUUUUUGGUGGACGAGGUGCAGAGGAGCCUACAGUGCUGCGGCCUCGGCUCUUACCGCGACUGGGAGACCAACCCGUAUUUCAACUGCAGCGCCCCGGGAGCGCAGGCGUGCGGCGUCCCCGCCUCUUGCUGCCUGGACCCUUGGCAGAACGGCACCGUCCCCAACGCCCAGUGCGCCUUCGGGGUCCUGCGCCUGGGGGACGUGGCAGCCGGCACCGUCGUGUACCCGGGGGGCUGCGUGGCCCGGCUGGGCUCCUGGCUCCGUGGCCAGGCGGGCGGCAUCGCGGCCGGCGCGGCCGCGCUGGUGCUGGUGGAAGCCGCCGGCGUGGUCAUGGCGCUGAAGGUGCUCGGAGACAUCGCACCCGGCGGGGCGCAGGACUGAGGGUUUGCCGGCCGUCACCCGGGGUCACGGGCACGCAGGGGAAGUCUGAGCCAGCCCGAAAUAAACCUCAACACAAAGCCUGAACCCCAUCCCUGUCCCAUCCAUCCCGCCCCGCCGCCUCAGCGAGACAACGCUUUCCAUCUGCCUCCCUGCCCACUCCAGACCAAGACACCAGGCCCCCCCCGCGCUCGUUCUGGGUUUUAAUGAGCAUUUCUCCAGGCUGAGCCCUGCUGUGUGGACGGGGCGGCUUCUACCUACGCAGCGCUACGGGGAGGGCGGGCAGCAGCGGUCGCAGCCCGCCUAGAUGAUGCCGUACUGGGCCAGCUCGUGCAGCUCCAGGUGGCUGAAGGCUUCCCAGGGGCAGAUGACGGUGAUGUCUG